UAUGUAUGGAGGUUUUAAGUGGACAGACGUGUGAUUACUUCCCUUUUGUCGACGGUUGUUCUCAUACUCCCAACUUCUUAAAAAAGUUUAUGGCCACAGCGUGUGUUCGACAUGAUUUAUGUUAUGGCUGUGGUGUGAAGUACGGAUUUUCACGGUCAUUUUGUGAUGACAUGUUUUAUUUGGACGCAGCAAGCAUUUGUGAUUUUAAUACCACGAUACUGAAUUCUUUGUGCAAGACCAUAGUCAACAUAAUGGUGUCCGGUGUUCGACUUCUGGGCGAGAACAGAUAUCAGAAAUAUCCAGAUCCAUGGUGCCAUUUACCGGAAGUGAUAGAAUGUCUUCCCUCGUUGAAAAUAAGAUGGAUUAAAGUAGCCUACUUAUAA